CUCUCCACUUGUUGUGGACUACCCUUCAUACACUAUAACGUUACACUCAGCAGGACUUUACUUACCAAAAUGGCAGUUUUUCAACUACUUUUGAGCUGGACUUCGCAGGCGUUUAUAUUUCUGUUCUUUCUGACUUUCAUUGCGUUUCUUGGUUGUUGCUUGUAUCUUAAAUACAUUCAUAUGAAAUAUGACCACAUACCCGGACCACCGAGAGACAGCUUUUUCUUUGGGCAUACACCGACGAUUUUGAGAAUGAUGAAAAAUGGCGAAGUUGCACACGAUAAAUUUCUGGAAUGGGCAGAAAUUUAUGGGUCUGUCUUCAGAUUAAAUUUUCUACAUUACGUUUCCAUCGCUGUGAGCUGUCCAGAGGCAACCAAGGAAAUCCUGAUGUCCCCAAAAUACACCAAAGAUAAAUUCUUUUGCAAAAAACUCUUCAGCUUGUUUGGUCAAAGGUUCCUAGGUAAUGGCUUGGUAACAGCACACAACCACGAGAAGUGGUAUAAACAGCGCCGGAUCAUGAACCCUGCCUUCAGCAGCUUGUAUUUGAGAGGUCUAAUGGGCACCUUCAAUGAGAGGGCAGAGAAUCUGAUGAGUAAACUUGCCGAUAUUGCUGACAGCAAAACUGAGACCAGCAUGCUUCACCUAUUCAGCUGUGUUACCCUUGAUGUCAUUGCUAAGGUUGCUUUUGGUGUGGACUUAGACCUGCUGAAGACUAGUACACCUUUCCCUAAAGCCAUCGAGACAUGUCUAAAAGGGCUGCUGUACAAUGUCCGAGACAGCUUUUUUCAGUUCAAUCCAAAGAACAGACCAUUCAUUAAAGAAGUGAGGGAAGCGUGCCACCUGCUGCGCACAACUGGGGCUCAGUGGAUCCAUGAAAGAAAGACUGCCAUGGAAAAUGGCGAUGACGUUCCUAAGGACAUCCUCACACAAAUUAUCAAAUCUGCUGGCCAAGAGGACAGCAUGACUAAAGAAGAUGAGGAGAUCAUGUUGGACAACUUUGUGACAUUCUUCAUUGCUGGCAAGUCUCUGUUAUGUCUGUGCUAUGAUGACCUGGGUCAGCUGAUCUAUCUCUCACAGGUGCUAAAAGAGACUCUGAGGAUUUACCCGACGGUUCCAGGUGUAACUCGUGAGCUUCCUGAAGACAUGGUCAUCAGUGGUAUCCACAUACCUGGAGGAUGUGUUUGUGCUUUCAGCUCCUAUGCGACUGGCAGAAUGGAGAAAUUCUUCAAGGACCCACUGACAUUUGAUCCUGACAGAUUUCACCCAGAUGCUCCGAAGCCUUAUUACUGCUACUACCCCUUUUCCCUGGGUCCACGCUCCUGUCUGGGACAGAACUUUGCUCAGAUGGAAGCUAAGGUGGUGAUGGCCAAGCUGCUCCAGAGGUUUGACUUCACUCUUGUCCCAGGACAGACAUUUGACAUCCUGGACACUGGCACACUCAGGCCAAAGAGUGGAGUGGUGUGCACUGUCAGUCACAGGAAUGAUAAGAAAUAGAUGGUCAUACAGUACCAUAACAUAAGAACAAACCAUAACUGUCUGUGUGGUGAAAUUGGGUUGUUGAGUUGCUGAAACCAGCUAACCAGCUUACAGCUACAAGUGCAUGAUUAGCUUUAUUUUUUAUAGUUCUGUAUUCUUUAUAAAGAAUAAUAAUAAUAAUAAUUUUCACAGUACCCAGUAUAUUCAGUUGAAACGGUGAUUAUGGUAAUGAUGAGUAAUCAAUUUCUGUGUAAGUUACAGUAUCAUUAGUUCUUUAAUUUUGCUGAAAAUAACAAUUUAAUAGUGUUUUUAAACCACUGAGACUGAACUUUUUAUGCCUUUAAGGCUAAUAUAAAAUACAGAAUAUGUAAUUAAUUGUAAAUAAACCACAUAAUAGGAUGUAUAAAAUGUCCUUACUGUCUAACGCCCACUGAUGCAAAGGUAAUUUGUAUUGUUUGUUAAUGACUUUAACCUACUGAUGAUGAAUUAAUAUCUGAUUUCACUCCGACUUUUGCGUACUUUUUGGCCAUUACUGACAGCGUACAGCAGAGGGCGCUGUUACAUUGCAAAGAAAUCUAACAAGCACUUGUUAAAUUAUAGUCUCUCUCAGUCAUGUCAGAGUAAUUUGGGGAGUUUGUUAUAAUUUUUGUAAUACAAGUUUGUUAAACUGUGAUUGAAUAUGACAUCAGUGCUUUGGGUGUUUUUUGUUUUUUUUAAAACAGAAAUUAUGAAAAUGAUGGCUACAGAUGUUUUAAAGAUGGAGAAAGAAUACCACUUUACUGACUUGUAAAAGAAAAUCUAACAGUUAAACCUAAUGGAUGUAACGCAAAAUAUAUCACUCUAAGAUGUUAAAUAAAUGUGUAUUUUAAUGUAAUAAAAUAUUUUUU